AAAAACAUUCUGAUUAUAAAAACCUUUUUCCUCAGCAUUUCUUUUCGCUUGUUUCAUCGUAUUGUUUCCGGCCGUUUUGCUUUAUUCUUCUGGGGUGGGGUUUAACAAGAAUCAUCAUCAUCAUCAUGUCUCAAUCUCCACACCAACAAUCAUCCAUCAUGGAUAGUGAUACAAUGUUGGAUGUUUAUAUUCUGGAUUAUCUUACCAAGAGGAAACUUAACGCGUCGAAAAAAGCAUUUGGAGAAGAAGCAAAAGUAUCCGUUAACCAUCGCGUAGCAAUCGACGCUCCGCGUGGUUUCCUUCUUGAAUGGUGGACGGUUUUCUGGGAUAUAUUUAUUUCUCGGUACAAACACCACCAAGGUAUUAUGGAACCGAUCAAUGAGGAUUUUAGAGUACCACAACAGCAUCAGCAGCAUCAGCAGCAUCAGCAAGGAAGUCAACAUCAAAGUCGAAUGGUCAACGCAAACAACGUUGGUACCGGAAAGAACACUUGGGUUGCCGAGGCGUCAACCCAAAUGAGGCAAGCGGUUCCCAAGCAAUGCUAUGGAGAUAAUGCGGGCUUAAUUAUGAAUCACAUUAAUUCAAUGAGUGACCAACCGAUUCCGUAUCAGAAGCAAUCUUUGGUACCUACACUUGACAUAAGCAAUAUGAUAAGUUCUUUGAUCAAUCAAAGUGCUCAAGGGUCCGAGGGUUUACCGAGGGAAGCUCAUGCGGCAGCUGGAACGUUAAAUAAUAUGCCUUUAAAGGGAUGGCCGUUAACGGGACUGGAUCAAAUUCGGGGUCGAGUUUAUCAGCAACAGGGUGCACUACACCCGCCCCCACUAUCGUAUGAAGGUCAAAUGCAGGGUCAAAGUCAACUUUCAAAUGAACGAGAAAUAAGUCAAACUGAGGAUCAACUUCAUCAUUCAAUGGAAAACAAGAGAAAGCAGCCAUUGAUGUCUUCAAGUGAUGCUAAUACAUCGGCAACUGCAAAUGUUAUUGCAGCAUCGCUUCCUCGUUCUCCACAAAAUGACAAGAUCAAUAUUGAUGAUUUCUUGAAUUAUGGUGCGUUGGAUGGUAAUGAUAAUUUGCAGUUAUCCCGAGCGGAUAAAGAAGCUGACGUGGACCCCUCAAACGGUUUCUCAUUUUCGGAAAUUGGAAGUGUUCAUGCAACAAGUGUCAAUUGUUGUGACAUCUCAUGCGAUGGAAAAUUGGUUGCCGUUGGCGGGCAUGACAAAAAGGCGAGGCUAUGGUGUACAAGUUCCCUUGAAACUAAAGCUACACUUGACGGACAUUCACAAGCGAUAACUGAUAUCCGUUUCAGUCCCUCUAUGCUACGCCUUGCAACUUCUUCGCAUGACAAAACCGUAAAGAUUUGGGAUCUUGAAAAUCCGGGCUCUUUAAUCAAGACAAUCACAGGGCACACUGCAUCAGUUACAUCAGUCGAUUUUCACCCUAAAAAGGAAGACCUCAUUUGCUCUUGUGAUGAAACCGAGAUUCGUUACUGGAGCGUCAAGAAAACCGGUUGUAUUAAAAUGUGCAAGCGUGGCGCAAGUCUGGUUAGAUUUCAGUCUGGUGUCGGGAAGUAUCUUGCAUCUGUUGUCGGAAAGUCUGUAUCGUUAUCGGAUUUGGAGAAUAAUCUCACCCCCGGGCAUGUUUUGAAGGGUCAUGGAUUGAAUAUUCAGUCGUUAUGCUGGGAUUCUUUGGGUGAGCAUCUGAUAUCGGUAAGUGAGGACUCGAUAAAAGUGUGGAGAAUGGACGUGGGGGGAAAAGCAAACUGCAUUCAUACUUUAAGUGUUCCCGGAAAAAGUUUUCGUUGCGGUAUUUUCCAUCCGAGUUAUCCUUCUCUCCUCGUAAUUGGCUGCUAUCAGAGUAUGGAGCUAUGGAACAUGACAGAGAACAAGAUGAUGAUGCCAGUGGAAGAACCUGUUUUUGCACUAGUGGUAUCGAGUUCCGGUUUGGUAGCAUCAGCCGGUCACAAUGGCAAUGUCCUUAAGCUUUGGAAGUAAUUUAGAUACAUAUAAUAUAUUUUUGUAUUUUGGAGUAGAUAAAGUUUUUGGCGACGUUUGAGCUUCUAUAAUAGGUUUUUGUCGUAUAUUUUUGGAACUAUAUACAUGCGCAAUCUUAGAUCUGAUGUUCCUUUAUCAUAGUUGGAUAUAUGGUAAUAGUAUGAGCUGACACUGUUGAAAAUCUAUGAAAUGGUAGUAUUAUAUAAUCC